UUAAAUAAUCAUGUCCCUAAAAAAUCCACCACAAACAUAACCUAUAUUAUUGAAAGUAUUUACAUUUUUCUUUUAAAUAGAUAAAAAAAUGACUAUGUUAAUUGGUUGGCGGUACAAACUCUUCGUCGGUAGUAUUGUAGGAGUAAUAGGACUAGCUCUUUAUCCAAUAGUGGUCCAUCCAAUGUUAAACACCGAACACUACAAAAAAAUUCAAGAAAGGAAUAGGCAAGGGAUUCGUCAGGAAGAUAUCCAGCCUGGGAAUAUGAAAGUAUGGAGUGACCCCUUUGAAAAAAAACACUAACACUCGGUUAAGUAAUCGCUUUAUUGUACAUAUUCAUGGCAAAGUUAAAAUAUAGUUGAUUUUAGUAAUGCA